UAUCUCUGUUUUCUCCUUAUAAAAUGAAGCAAAGAUGAGAACACAGACCAACCCCCAAACAACUUAGCAUCUCUUCCACCCUUUGAGAUUCUCUUCGAUUUCAGAAACGAAAUGAACAUCGCCGAUCUUGAAGACUCCUUGAACCUAAACCCUAACGGAAACCGAAUCGAAGAAGAGGAGGAGGAGGAGGAAGAGGGGAUUCGAGCAGGAAGGAUAGCUAACGCGGUGGCGUUUCCGAUGGCGUUGAAAACCGCCGUAGAGCUUGGAGUGAUCGACGCAAUCCAUGCAGCGGGGGAGGGAGAUUGGCUCUCGCCACGCGAGAUAGCAUGUCGGAUUCCGACCAAGCCUGGCAAUCCACAUGCCCCCAUGAUGCUGGACCGCAUCUUGCGCUUGCUUGCUAGCUACUCCAUAGUCAAGUGCCGUACGGUCAGAACCCAAGAGGACGGCGGAGGGACCGAGAUCGAGAGGGUUUACGCAUCCAAACCCAUUUGCCGGUUCUUUCUGAAUGAUAGUCAAGGCUCUGGUUCUCUUUUCCCUUUGUUCUUGGUCUCACUUACCGACGUCUAUAUCAACAUGUGGUCUCAUUUGAAGGAUAUGAUAAUAGAAGGGAAAGAUCCGUUUACUUGCGCCAAUGGUACAGGGCUGUACGAAUACUUGGCAAGAAACGAACCUUUUCACGAGCUAUUCCACAGGGCCAUGUCGGAACAUUCGACCAUGAUCAUGAAGAAAAUUCUACGAGUUUACAAGGGUUUCGAAGGUGUGAACGUGUUGGUCGAUCUGGGAGGAGGAGACGGUACUUCCCUGAGUCUCGUCACCGCAAAGCAUCCUCACAUCAGGGGCAUCAAUUUCGACUUGCUCGAUGUCGUAGCUAAGGCUCCUACUUUUCCUGGGGUGGAGCAUGUGGCCGGAGAUAUGUUCGUUGAAAUCCCAAAGGCAGAUGCCAUCUUCACAAAACGGUCGAUCCAUGGUUGGAAUGACGAGGAGAGCGUCAAGAUUCUUCGGAACUGUUGGAAAUCGCUCCCGGAUAAAGGGAAAGUGAUCAUCGUUGAGACAGUUGUUCCGACGAAUCUCGAGGGUGGUCGCGAAUACGCGAACUUGAGCUUCGACUUGGACGUGUUGCUGAUGGCUCUACUUCCGGGAGGGAGGGAGAGGACACGGGCCGAGUUCGAGGGUCUGGCCAGAAGAUCAGGUUUCGCCCGCUGCGAAUUCGUGUGCCGCGCUUACUAUUGUUGGGUUAUCGAAUUCCACAAAGAGACAGGAAUGUGAUCAUUGUCCUCUAACAUAUA